GCAUUCGCGCGGAACCGUUUGUUUUGGUUCUGCUUUCUACGAAAGAUGGCCACUGAGGUGUCACAACUAUUGCUGGCGGUGGUCCAGGGCAUCCCAGCUGGCGCCACCAACGAUGACCUGACCAAGGCGCUGCCUGAUGUGCCGGCGGCCACGCGGGUGGAGGCAUUGAAUAUACUGUUGCAGCAGGGCGGGAUUGAGAUCCUGAAGAAGGGUGAGAAGUUGGUGUACCGCGCCAAGGACCCGGAAAAAAAGAGUGCCCUGCCCAAGGAUGCGGACAACGAGGAGAAGGUUGUCUACGGCAUCGUGGAGGAGGGCGGCAACAAAGGCAUCUGGAUUCGGGAUAUACGCAUGAAGUCCAACUUGAAUAUGAUACAGCUCAACAAGAUCCUCAAGAACCUGGAAACUAAGAAGCUCAUCAAGGCGGUCAAGUCGGUGAACGCCAGCAAAAAGAAGGUGUACAUGCUGUACAACCUGGAGCCGGAUCUCUCGAUUACGGGCGGCGCCUGGUACCAAGAUCAGGACUUUGAGGUGGAGUUUGUGGAUGUGCUCAACCAGCAGUGUCUGCGCUUCCUGCAAAUGAAACGCGACAGUGCGGAAAAGAAGCGCGAAGGUCCAUUGGCCUUCAAGCAGAUGUCUUGCUGCACGGUCAACGAGGUGCAGAAGUUCAUCUCGGACCUGGGCAUCAGCAAGGUUAAUCUGGCGGAGGCCGAUCUGGAAACAAUUCUCAAAACGGUGGUGUACGAUGGCAACGCGGAGCGAGUGCGUCAGCAGGAUGGUUCCUUCGUCUACCGGGCAGUUAAUUCCCCACUUCCUCCGACUGGACUGGUGCAGAUGCCCUGUGGCAUUUGUCCCGUCAUCAAGAACUGCUCCAAUUGUGGCGAUGUAACUGCUAUAAAUUGUGAAUAUAUGCGAGAUUGGUUGGAUUAGGGAUUACCUCGAAAA